AUGGGAGGCAGAAACGUCAGCAGGGUGAUAGGGGCUGUUGGUGUUAGCGGGGGGUUUGAGGCUGGUGUUGGGAGUAGGGAGAACGAGACUUGUGCUGAUGCUGGCCCGGCUGCUGUGGGUGAAGCUGAUGGAACUGGCGUGGACGGUGCUGCCCGCGGGCAGAAUAAAAGCCUCCGAAAGAGCCGUCAAAAGGGCCUCAGCAGGAGCAACAGUCUGGAUAGAGUUGACUUCUCGGACUGGGUUGUGGAGAUGGAGGGAGGAGAAAGCGCGGCCAGUGGUGGUGGGCCCUGUAAUGCACAGCCUCGUUCAGACGACCCAAAUUCGUCCGCUAGUAUCCGUCUGUUUGGCUCAAAAGGCGAGUGGACAGGGAGAGGGGAGGAUGACCGGCUUGGUAGUGUUAGGGUGGACAGGGUGGACAGGGUGGACAGGGUGGACAGGGUGGACAGGGUGGACAGGGUGGACAGGGUGGACAGGGGGAGUGGGAAGGGAGUGUCUGUGGGGAAAGUCGCCGGGCAGGAGCUGGGAGUCGGUGGGAGAAGCGAGGAAGGCGUGGGGGUACGGGAGGGAGGGAGCGGAGUUGGGCGGGAGAAAGAGGAGUGGAUGCGUGGGGGGGCGCGGGGGAUUAGGGGGCCGGGGGGCGCGGGCGGAGUGAUGGCGGGCGCGGAGGCCAGCAGCAGCAGCAGCAGCAGCAGGGAAGGGGGGGGGGAAGCAGCAGGCAUGUUCCUGCAUGUGGAUGCGGGGAAAGCAGGCAUGUUCCUGCACGCGAUGAGGAAGGCUAAGGUGCCGAGGGAAGGGCGGGGGAUGGGCGCAGUGGGGGGCGGGGGGGGGCGCGUGGGGGGCGUGCGGAGCGCGGGGUAUAUCGCGCUGCCUGCUGUACAGGAGCAUGGUGGGCAGUGUGGGGAGCAGGGGGCAGAGCGGGCAGAGCGGGCAGAGCAGGCAGACGGACAGUCGGCUGCUGAUACUACUCUGCCCGGAGGCCAGCACACAGAGAGAGAGAAGGGCGGGGAGCAGUCAGGUGGCUUGCGUGACAGGGUGGCUUUGAACGAAGCAGAGGCGGCUGCAGGCGUGUGGAAAAAGCAGUGGGCGCACGGGCGGAAGAUAGGGCAUGAGAAGAGUUGCGGAAGGGAGGGACGUGAGAGGAAGGGAGACGAGAAGGGUGGUGAGAAGGGGCGGGGUAGAGAAGGGGUUAGAAAAGCCCCUCAGGAUUUUGAGGAGCUAAUGAGAUAUGCAGCUACUGCUAUGGAUGUGGGGGAGAGAGGAGAAGGACAGGAGGGUACAGGGAAAGAUGGUCGGGGAGGGGGGGAUGUUCAAGGAAGAGAGGGGAGUGUGGGCGAGGGCGACAGGGGAAUGAAGAAGGCGAGAAGCUUCCCGGAUAUUGUAGAGAAGUGUGGUAACCAGAGUGGUUACGGCAGCUCGGAGGGCAUGCAGGUGGCGGUGAAGGUGCACAGGUCGGCCAGCAAGCAGGAGGCAAUAGAGGCGUUUGUGAGAGAGGUGGAUAUCCUUUUACUCACCGCUCCUGCACCGGGCUCAAACUUCCCACUCCCCCUCCACCUAUCGUGGCGCGACCGAGUGCGCAUAGCAGCAGAAGUGGCGUCCGCCCUGCUCUGCCUGCACCAGUCCCACCCGCCCAUCCUCCACCGGGACCUCAAGCCCGAUAACAUCCUCCUUGACCAGUCGCGCACCAGCAAGGUCGCUGACGUGGGCCUCUCCUGCGUCGUCCCGUCGUCCAACGUGGUGUUUACCCGGAAAGUCCGCGGGACGAUCGGGUUUAUAGACCCCGAAGCGGUGGAGUCCGGGGAGUUGACGACCAAGUCGGAUGUGUAUGCGUACGGGGUGGUGCUGAUGUUGCUGCUGACGCGUUUUCCCGCAGCUAGGGACCUGCACAGGCUUUUUCUCGCGUGCAUUAUCCUCCUCGCAGCCACUUCCGCCUCCGCGCAGCGUGGUCCGCCUGGCGGAAGCCGUCCUGGCGGCGCGCGCGGAGGCCCCGGUGGGUCCAGUGGGCCCGGCAGCGCACCCGGCGGACCUGGCGGGUCCGCAGGGGUGCCAGGCGGGGAGCCGCGCGGUCCUCCGCUUAACCUGACGGUCGUCGGGAAUCUGACUGCCGACGUUGGCGCGCGACUGGCCAACUGCUCCGCGGACCAGGAGGUCCUUGACGGUCGUUUUCACCUCGCCAUUUUCAAAAACUCCACCGGGAACUACAACCUCGUCGUCGACGCUCUCCUAAUCGGCGCCGCCGGCGGUCCCCCCGACUCGCUCGCGAUCGUGAAGGGCGCCGUUUGCGACUCCUCCGCUUCCGCCGCUCUGGCGCUGCCCGUCUCCGCGUCCGACUGGCAGCAGCGCGCGGGAUGGUGGCUGCUGCACGCGGAAGCGCGCCUCGACGCGUUCCUCGAGAACGCGGACUCCGCCACCGUCGAGGCGCUCCUCGCCGUCGUCCCGAACGUGACGCUUCCGCAAGGCGGCCGGCGCGGUGGCGGCGGAAGCGGCGUGGGGAGCGCGGGGAAAGGGCAGGGCAGCAGGCGCAUGGGGCUGGGGGUGGGCAGGCUGCUGCUGCGCGCGCUGGCCCCCUUCAAGCAGGGGGUGCAGCCGCAGGGGGGACAGCAGCAGCCGCCGUCUGCAGGUGCUGGGGCGAGCGGCGGAGUGAACAGCACAGUGACCGGAUACGCCGUGCUGGCUGGAAGCAGCGCGUCGGGAGUGACCUGGGGUGGGCAGCUGAUGGGGGUGAAAUUUCCCGCCGCUCCUUCUACCGCUUGA